AUGGGACUGAGACUCAAGAAGCUUACAUAAACAGUUGAAAGCAAACGUCCAUAAGAAUAUAAUUUUCCUAGAGGGGCUGAUUAAUUUGAAUAUUCACCAGAUAGAUCAUAUAGUUCCUUAUAAGGAGAUGUAUAUGAUCUCAACAGUCAAUAAAGACGUAUUCAUCGUAGAAUUUUAUCUUAAAUUGUUAUUUAAAAAGGAAAAUCAAAGGAGAAUAAAUUAAACACUCUUUCUCCACUAAAAGUUGAUUAGAUGACAGCAACAAAAACAAAACUUAAUUCAUAAAGAUUCUUUCUAAUGAAUUAAGNCAAUAUUUGA